GAUCGGUUCACGGUUGUUAGUUUUUUCGUUUUCGAGCUGUUAUGAUUCUGAUACAUCUUUUUAUGCUAUUGAAAUUCAAUUUUGUUUUCAAGUCCUGACUCCUGCUGUCGUAUAAAGUUAUUAAUUUUUCCAUUCAAAGGAUACCUACAAACUACAAGGUUGAAAGUGAAAUGGCUGAUUUUAUGUUACCUCCAGAUAUAGAGAAUACUUUAAAAAAUGCAGCCGAACAGCUUGUCCAGGGGAGGACAGAUUAUUCUUUUAGUGUUGAGCCAAAUAUGGAUAACCCUGAAGAUAAUUUUUUUAGGUCUUAUGAUCAGAAAGAAGUUAGUGAAUUCCUUAAUUUCAGUCUAUUAGGCGAAGAAGGAAAAAACAUAGAACCAUUUGCAGAAUUGGCUUCUAGAAUGACGGAUAUUACGGGCGACCGUAAAGUUUUGAAAGAAAUAACCGAAGAAGGAGUCGGUCAAAUUGUGCCAGAAGACAGUAUCGUGAUGGUUCAUUAUAUCGCCCACUUUGAGAAUAUUGUCGAACCAUUUGAUGUGACGUAUUUACACGGUAAACGACCACAUCGUUAUACACUGAGCACGGGUGAGCUGCUGCCAGGAUUGGAAAUCGCCAUUAAAACAAUGAGAAAGGGUGAACACGCUAGAUUUUUAAUUCAUCCGGACUUGGCGUACAAAGAAUUGGGCUGCCCACCUCGUAUACCGGCAAACGCAACCAUUCAUUUUGAGGUCGAUCUGGUAAACUAUUAUUCGCAAGAACAAAGUUUGGCAUUCGAUGAGGACGCACGAGAUCCUAACAGAUAUGAUAAAGUCUUGAACAAGGCGAAGAAAUACCAUACGGAAGGAAACGAUCUGUUCAAAUUGAAAAAUGUCGAAAGAGCUACUGUUAAAUACAACAAAGCUAAAGAACUGUUGCACAUUAUAACGACCCAUUCGGAAGCCGAAGAAACAGAAGUAAUGAAAUACUUGUGCAAGUUGUACACAAACUUGUGUAUAUGUUAUUUAAAACAAUGUGCAUUUAGCAAAGUGUGCUGUAUGGCCAGAGAAGCAAGACAAUAUGCCGAUCGUUAUUCUAAACACAAUGCCAAAUUGCAUUAUACUUGGGGUAAAGCUUUACGUUUGCUUAAAAGUUUUGCCGAUGCUAAAGAGAAACUUUUGCACGCCCAAAAAAUAAAACCUAACGAUGUACAAAUUAGAGACGAACUACAGAAACUAGAAAAGGACAAAGAGUUCAAUACAAACAUUGAAUUUUUUACUUUGAAGAAACACGGAGUAAAUACUGAAAAAGAAUUUAAUCAGAUGCUGCCACCUGAAUUUUGGGAUAUAUUUAACCAACAUUUGGAAGAAUUCAACAAUGGUGUCGAUGAUAUAUUUACAGUUUCAAUCGCACAUCCAGAUGAUAUAAAACUUGUGAAGCGUAAAGCGAGCUUAUUCGACUUGGAAGUUCAAAUAAUUGACAGCGAAGAUGAAAAGCAAAAUUGUUUAAUAAUGAAAAAACCCUAAUUACUAAACAUUUACGCAGAAAAUUACUUAUAUUCUAAAUUUGUAUUACGAUAAGUGACAAUACACUUUCUUAUUUUUAAUUUUUAACAAUUCCGAAUUAACUAGUAUAAUAAAAAUGUUAAAAAGUUACUUUAUUUAUAAUUGUUUAUUAGAUUAUCUUUGUACUUUUUUAUUUUUAAAAAGUCUGAUUUUACUGAAGUAUAGUAAACACGUUUAAAAUGUAAUUUGUUUGCAAUUGUUUGUUUUUAUAAAUUAUACACAAGUGAUGUUAA